AUGGAAUCGUCGUCUGCAAGAUCCUCCUCCGCCAAACCCAAGGGUACUUGUCGGUAUCCCCGGUGCCAGCAACCCACUUAUCAAGGGAGCGAGUACUGCUCAAAGACGCAUCUUCGCGAGCACGCAAAAGCAUCAACACAUGCUCAAGAGUAUGAUUCAUGUUCCUUGCUUCGCUUGUUGACGAUGAUCCUCUCGGAUAGCCAAAACCCUGUCAGACCUCAGCCGGCCCCCCAGGCGUCGAAGGGUAACAGUCCAGGUGGGAUUCUCUCGCUAUUUGGUUUGAGCCGGUUCUUUUGGUCGGGACCUCGCAAGUCUUCUGGGACAAUUAAGUUCUACGAGAAGGGCCAACCAUACUACGAAUUCACAAAUUUUGCGCCAUACACGAUCCGGUAUAAUCAGAAGGACUAUCCGACUAGCGAGCAUCUAUUUCAGUCCUUGAAGUUCGCAGAUGACGGCGAUGCAGAGCGUAUACGGACUCAAUCGACACCCAGUGGUGCUCUAGAGGAAGCCAGGAAAUAUCAACAUCGCGUCCGGAAGGGAUGGACGGAACAACGUUUCAAUGUCAAAGCAAUGGAGAUCGUCCUCCUGCUCAAGUUUACGCAAUACGACCAGCUCAAGAAAUUGCUUCUUGACACCGGGGAUGCGUCGUUGGUGGAAGAUUCUCCUAUAGAUUCCUUCUGGGGUGUUGGCUCCGAUGGAAAAGGGGGGAAUGAACUUGGGAAGGCUUUGGAGAAGGUCCGGUCCAAUUUGAGGCAAUUCUGCAGUAUCUAG